CUGAACAGCAGGUCCAUAAAUAGCAGGGCGUACGAGGAAGCCCCCCGGGAAAAUACAUACAUAAAUAAAUAAAGAAAAUGGCAGAAAUAGUUUCCCCAAUAACUCGACAAGUAUGUAGAGACAGCCGGGACGGCGGAUACUCCUCUGUCGAUAUCAGUCUGAAGGACGUGGAAGACUGUUUCAUUUACGACCGACACGGACUCGCUGCUCCCUUCAAGACGCUGUACCAAGACAGGAAAUCAGUCCUAGUUUUCGUGAGGAAUUUUUUGUGCUUCAGCUGUAAGGAGUAUGUUGAAGAUUUGAGCAAAAUACCCAGAAAAGUCCUGGAGGAUGCUGGAGUUAGACUGGUUGUGAUUGGUCAAUCCACUCAUCAACACAUAGAGCCGUUCUGUUCGCUGACGAGGUACCCCUAUGAAAUAUAUGUAGACCCGGAGAGGUGCAUUUACCAAAAACUUGGGAUGAAGAGAGAUGAGAAAUUCACAGAUUCUGCACAUCCCAGUCCCCACGUGAAGUCUGGUUUGUUUAUGGGCCAAGUGAAGAGCAUAUGGAGGGCCAUGACGAGUCCUGCAUUUGACUUUCAGGGGGAUUUGCAUCAGCAAGGUGGUGCCAUCAUUGCAGGACCUGGCUCCCAGGUUCAUUUUUGCCAUUUUGACAUGAACCGCCUGGAUCACAUGCCCAUCAACUGGCUCCUUCAGCUCGCUGGAGUUCAACAGACUCUAGACUUCAGUGAUAAGCCAAAGAUCAUGCACGUAUAAGAGACUGCCUGGCAGAAAGUCGGCUUCACAAAUGUAUAUACAUUGGGGGGGUUGAAAGGAUUUUUUACUUUAGUGAUCGGAGGAAUGUUGGGCAUUCUCAGUCGUACUAUGUGUUCAUGGGGUUUAAGCUCGGGUGACUGGAGGAAUCAACAGUUUGCACUUAUUGGUUGUCUUUAGUUCUUGUCAAGUUUGGAGCUGCACUCCGGUUCAUUAUCUACUUUUUGGUAUGAAUCAUUUGCCACGAAGAUUGAAACCAUAAUCCUGAGUGUUACUGCACCUCAAGAGAGCUGAUUUGAUGCAGGCACCCAAGUCCAGAGCAACAAAACUCUCUCAGACCAGACCCUGUUUUAUUCUGCUUAUAUAAACUAGGAUAACACUCUCUCCCUUUUUCUUUAUCACAUCCUGUAAGCACUCGUGAAAUUGCCAGAAAUCCCCAACUUUGAUAUUACGUGCACUAACAAAAUGGACUUUUCCAGUGGAACACUGUAGAACAUUGUUAAGCCCUAGUCUGUUCAGAGAUUGAUGAAAGAUGCUUUUCGUCAGCUGUCACCGGGUCUUUUGACAGGACUGUUGUUGAUUGCAGUCACUGCUGUUUCCAUUCGGUAGUUCACACAGGCCAAACAGAGGUGGUGCAGUGUGUGAUGAUCACACACCCUUUGUGUAAAUAUAUCCCACUGCUUGCUUAAAUAAAGAUACACUGAGUUGACCAGCGUUGAUGGUUACCUGUAUGUACAGUAAUCACUCAACAUACAUCUUUAAAUUAGCUGUAUCCUGUUGCUAAGAGUGGUGUGUUCACCAAACUGCAUAUUUCCAAGGUAAAACUAGACUUAAAUUCUUGCCUCCAUGACACAAAGGGUGUUACUUCUGAAGCAAAAACUGUGGUGGUCAUUGCGCUACUGCGUUGGUGCUCCUUUAAUACAGUAUGUGGUUGGUGCCAAACAUCUGUGCUUUUUAUUCAGUGAGAUUGGUACAACUGACGUUCAUCCCCGAGUCAAAUGACUCUUCAGGAGUUGCAGGUAAACAUCAGCUUCCGACCUGAUUGUCAGAGAUGCAAACUUGACACGGAUGAACAUGCAAACUUUUGCAGAUUGCACUGUGCUCAAAAUCGUAAAAGUGAGCACAAACUUGAAAGGAUGCUUACAAAAAUCUGUGCUUAAUGUUUACUGACCACCAAUUCCCCCAACAUGAAAGGGGACUGUGUUUUACUUGUCUUCAAGGCAGAUACCAGGUUCAUGUCAGUCCAGCUGUUUCUUGACAUUUCUUCCUCUUGCAAUAGUCUGCAGAGUGGUUCCUGAUGGAGAUAUUAAGAUUGUUUGCACUGAUCAUUCUGCAUAGAGAAUGAAAAACUAAGUCAACUGUCUUGUUUUGGUAUGUGUACCCACUGAAAAAAUAACGUUGCUGCUGAAGGACUUCAUAGACCUCAAUGAAAACAGAUUGAAUAAACCUACAAUCUGUCAGAGCAACAACGUUUGGUACUGAGGACUUUGCCUGAGCAAUGGUCUUCAUUACAGUCAUAUUGUUUUGAGCCUGCCCCACCUUAGAUAAAGGGGUGUGAUAGGUGCUGUUCAAAAGAAAAAGGACCAGAGGGUUUCUGCAAGGGUAAAUGAAACAUGAGCUCUCAGAGUAAUCUGGUUCCCAGGUUAGUGCUGACAUAGAAACAGAGAUAAAUAUUCUCUCUUUACUACAGCUUCUUCUGUUGCAACAUGUAACAAAUGUGGGCUUUUGUUUUCCUCUGGAUUCAUGUCUAAAGAAUAGAAUUGAACCUCUCUAUCCAGCUCCGUCUACAGACAUUUUAUGCAGCUGACUUGGACAAAGGUUAUGUUAGUUUUCCAGUGCCUCUAAUCUGAUCUCAUGAACUGAGAGCAUUGGAAAUAGCUCACAUUAACCAAUAAUGAUACAGGUUGUUAUUGCAGUUUUUGGCUUUAGUCUAAACUUUUCCUGCUAGAUUCAUAAUGUUUCUGUUUUGUGCUGCAUACAUGUGGUAUUUUAUUUUAUUUAUUUAUUUAUUUUUAUUUAUUUAUUUGCACAAUGACAACAGUAAAUUUUUUAUCAUACAAGGACAAAUAAUUUGUGCAGGAGAGGAAAAGAAGCCCGAAGGGCUUAUAAAAAAUCCUCCCCCUCAAUACAAAAUCACCAAAACAAAUCAAUCAAUAGAAAGAAUAGAAAGGAAAAGAAAAGGUAAAAGAAACAAAGAAAAACACAAUAAACACCCAAACAAAAAUAUCUAUGAAAUGGCAAUUUCAUUUUAGUACGAAUAGCCUGUUAAUUUUGUCUAUAUAAAAGAUACCCCAUUAAGUUGGUCCUAAACAUUUUUAAGGAUGACACUAACUUAAGAGAUCUAGAUCGUAUGUUACUUGGUGUAAAAUGGUUGCAUGGAUAAUAGAAGAGUUGUGAAUCUAUAAUAACUGUUGGUGAACUGAUUUACUACUUUUCUUAUUCAUAUUCUUGCCAUCCAAGGUGUUUAUUAUGUUGUUACUACAAUCCAGCUUUUUUUUGUGUGUUUGUU